AUGACUAAAUGGAUUAUUAUUGCCGAAGAGAUAAGGAGGAAAUGAAAAUCAAUUGAUAUGAAUUUUGAUGAAAAAUACCCUGUUAGAUUUUCUUAUGCUUUUUUUUGCAACCAAAAAUGAUUAAAAAUUCAAAUCGUUUUUAUUAUGCUGCAUCAUUUACAAUGACAAUGAGCCUGAAAACAAUCUAGUUGUAAAAAUGGGGGGAAAUUGCUAAAAAUAGCAAACUAUUAUAUUUCAUCUAUGAUUUCUUAA